AAAUUUGAACCACACUCUUUUCUUGUAGUUUACACAAUCCUCGAAAAAAUUGGAAUAAUACAAUGAGUUACGACAAUCCUGAUUAUCGUCGACCACCACCACCUCCCCCGCCUACCUAUUCACAACAGCAGCAACCUCAAUAUGAGCAACAGCCAUAUCAACAACAACAAGGCUAUGGCUAUGAAGUUCCUGCCGAUUUAGAAAAUCAAGGAUUGCAGCAAUAUUAUGAGAAGCCAGUUCCUGCCCAAGAUUUCGAUGAAAGUUUCAAAAUUGAGAAACCCAAAUUUAAUGAUUGGCCAUUUACAAUUUUCUUCUUAUUGGUUGUGGCUGGGUUUAUCGCUGUUGCAGGUAUAACCUUGAAUGCUUUAAGGAAAACCUUUUCAUUUGAAGGGGGUGGGAUUUAUAAUUCUGGUAAUUCCUUUAGUUUGAAUACAAACACCAUUAUUUUAUUUGCGUUUGUGAUUGUUAUGGGAUUUGUGUUGUCUGCUUUAAUUAUCGUAUUUGCAAGAAUGGCACCAAAGUUUUUCAUUACUUCAGGGUUAAUUUUGAAUGUAGCACUUGGAAUUGGGACUUCUAUUUAUUAUUUUAUCAAGCAUUAUUAUUCUGCGGCCAUUGUUUUCCUUGUUUUUGCGUUAUUUGGUGCCUGGUGUUAUUGGAGAGCUCGUAGUAGAAUUCCAUUCAGUGCUACUAUAUUGACUAUUGUUAUUGAUGUCAUGAAGACCUAUCCUUCAACAUUGAUUACUUCUUUUAUUGGUAUUUUAGUUGGUGCAGGGUUCAGUGUAUUGUUUGCCGUGGUUAUUGUUGCAACUUAUGUUAAAUUUGAUCCUAAUGAAAACAAUGAAGGUUGUCGUGUUGGUGGUGGAUCAUGUUCGCAAUCUAAACUUAUUGGAGUUUUGGUGUUUGUUUUCUUUGCUGGUUACUAUAUUUCCGAAGUGAUUAGAAAUGUGAUUCAUGUUGUAAUUGCUGGUGUUUAUGGUACUUGGUAUUACUUGGCCAAUUCUGAUCAGGGUGCCCCAAGACAUCCAGCAUUAUCUUCAUUGAAACGUGCUUUAACUUAUUGUUUUGGAUCAAUUUCAUUUGGGUCAUUAAUUGUUGCUUUGAUUCAGUUGGUAAGACAACUUAUCUCGAUUCUAAGAUCUAAUUUUGCAGCUGAAGGCAAUGGGUGGGCCGUCUGUUUUACGAUUGUCCUUGAUCUAGUUGUUGGAUUUAUCGACUGGAUGGUUCGUUAUUUCAACCAAUAUGCUUACUGUUAUGUUGCCUUAUAUGGAAAGAGCUAUGUCAAGGCUGCCAAAGAUACAUUUGAUUUAUUAAGAUUUAAAGGAUUUGAUGUUCUUAUCAAUGAUUGUUUUAUCAACACUUCGUUGAACUUGUAUUCGUUGUUUGUGGGUUAUCUCGUAGCAUUAUUGGCCUUUUUGUAUUUGAGAUUUACUGCCCCUGCAUACAAUGACGACGGAAGUUUCUAUGCACCAGUGAUUGCCUUUUCAUUUUUGAUUUCAGGACAAAUCACUCGUAUUGCCUUGACGGUUAUUGAAUCUGGAGUGUCUACCUUUUUUGUUGCUUUAGCUAAAGACCCAGAAGUUUUCCAAAUGACUAACCGGAAGAGGUUUGAUGAAAUCUUUAGAAACUAUCCUCAAGUUUUGGAAAAAAUUACUACUGACCAUUAGACGUUAAUAUUUGUAUAUUUUUGUAUACUGUUUGUAUGAAAUUUUAAUCUUUUUUCACCCAAAUAAAUCUGAACCAGUCCAC